CCUUCACUACUGUACAAGACACUGUUCACCAUCUACACAGCAUCACAUCUCGCAUCCCAGCGGAAACAGAAACACUCCUUUGCGAGGCGUCUACCUCAGGCAGAGCGGACUGCCUCCCGACUCUCCGACAGAACGACACACACCCACAACCUCUCCAACAACCACCACCCAUCUACGGCCCUCUACGAUGGACUCUAUGCGCAGUCUAAACACCUCCCUCCCGAAGACGAGGCAACGCCAGCCGACUCCGCAGCCCGACACCCACCAGUCCUUCCGAACCGCCGCGCUGACUGUGACGAACCUGUACAAAGCAGCCCUCGCGGAUAUCGACAGGUCUCGCUCGGACGGAUACCAAGAAGCCUUGGAGGACCUAAUAGGCUUUCUGGACAAAGAGAAUCUGGGUGUUGGCGAUGGCGAGGGAUGGCGCAUCAGGCAGUGGGCCAUGGAGCGGCUCGACGGCGCGCUUCCGGUGCCGUCCACAAGCGACAGCGAUGAGGAGGGCUUGGAUGAGAAGCGGGCCCGCAGCUCAUCGCCCAUCAUGGAACGCAAUCCAAGCCCCGAGGAGACGCGUUCGACAGAACCCUUGGCAGGACCCACGCACCGCUCCGACUCCGCUCCGCCCCCAAUUUCAGUAGCGUCAUCGACCGUUGACGCUGACAUGGCACCUCUGCCGACCAUGUUCCACUUCUCGGCGCCGCAGUCCUACCCCAACAAUAACUCAAACGACACACCUUUCGACUUCUCCGCGGCUGCUCGUCGUGCCUUUCCGACCCCUCGCCGCCCGUCAAAUCGAUCCUCGUCCCGGAACCUACAACGCUCCGCCGCCCAGAACCUUUUCUCAUUAGGAAGCGGAGCCGGCCAGAAGAGAAAACUCAUGCAAGAUUUCUUCGGCGUGGACGGCUUCAAUGAUCGACGAGACGGACCAGGCGGAUCUAAGCGCGGACGCUCCUCGUGAGCUCGUCGUCUUCGGGAACCCACUUAUGGAACGGGCAUGCUGCGGCAACCACUUAACGGCCUCCCUGCAUUCUACUAAGCGAUGGCGUUUUCUUAGACGGUUGUUUGAGGCAUUGGGCGGAGUAGAUCGCCAGAUGCAUUCGCCUUAAUUGCAUUUUCGGCAGCAUUACUGUUCUCGCAUUCGAUACCACCGGGGCCCUACGGCUACGGCUACGGCUACUGCCAUUUCUCAAGGUUCACAGGGACGUUCAGAAGAUAUUUGUAAAUAGGACUUGUUUGAGGGGAAGCUGUGAUUCCGAGCAGCGAUUGACAUAUCGUACACCCAUCCCAUACCUCCUGUGAUGUUACAGACUUUUCAUAAUUCCACCGGGUAUCCCA